GUGUUGAGAUAAAAUAGGUAUUGAAUUUACAUUAUUAUUUUUUUGUCGAUAAAGAAACAAAAUAUCAUCAUCUCAUUCUGAUGGGAAAGGAAAGGAAGGGGAAGUAACACUUAAACACAAUUUCACAAACAUAUUCAUAUUAAUUCACAUUGACUCUGUAUUUGUUUGUGGGUUGCAACAAAGUGUUAUUAUUAUUAUUAUUAUUUCACCGUACCGUUUUCUUCGCCCUUUCAUCUCAAUCGACCCAUCCAAUUUCAUCUUUUUCCUUCAACAAUCUUUCCGAUUCCUGUUCUUCUUCAUUUCAUUUCCAGGUGGACCUUCCAUAAUAACGUGAAGUCAGUGGUGGGGACAUAACCGGCUUAGAUUUGUUAUACAUUUAUCAUGUCUGAACUGAUUGAAGGACUUCCUGAUGCUGUUGCAAUAAGGUGCCUUGCACGUGUUCCCUUCUACCUCCACCCAAAGUUAGAGGUUGUCUCUCGUUCUUGGCAAGCAGCCAUUCACAGCCCAGAACUAUCCAAAAUUCGACAGGAGGUUGCUUCAUCUGAGGAUCUCUUGUGUGUCUGUGCUUUUGAUCCAGAGAAUGUAUGGCAGCUUUAUGACCCUCUAAGAGAUCUCUGGAUUACGCUUCCUGUUCUUCCCUCAAAGAUCAGGCACCUUUCUCACUUUGGUGCUGUAUCCACAGCUGGAAAGUUGUUUGUCAUUGGCGGUGGAAGUGAUGCUGUUGAUCCUUCGACCGGUGAUCAUGAUGGAUGUUUUGCAACCGAUGAAGUCUGGUCAUAUGACCCGAUAAUCAAGCAGUGGUCUCCUCGGGCUCCAAUGCUUGUUCCCCGUUCUAUGUUCGCGUGCUGUGUUUUGAAUGGGAAAAUUGUUGUCGCUGGGGGAUUCACUAGCUGUAGAAAAACAAUAUCUCAAGCAGAAAUUUACGACCCUGAGAAGGAUUUAUGGACUCCAUUGCCUGAUCUUCACCGCACUCAAAAUUCAGCCUGUUCAGGAAUAGUGAUUGGUGGAAAGAUGCAUGUACUGCACAAGGACAUGUCAACAGUGCAAGUUUUAGACAAUGCAGGGGCUAGAUGGAUCGUUGAGGAGUGUGAUUGGCUUCAAGGUCCAAUGGCAGUAGUCCAGGAUGCACUUUGUGUUAUGAGCAAUGGAUCUAUCAUAAAGCAGGACAAAGAAGGGAGAAAGAUUGUAAGUUCAGCAACAGAUUUUAAGAAGAGAAUUGGGUUUGCAAUGAUUGGACUUGGCGAUAAUUUGUAUAUGAUCGGAGGCGUCAUUGGACCUGACAGAUGGAAUUGGGACAUUAAACCAUUAUCAGAUGUUGAUGUUCUCACACUUGGGAGUGAGAGACCAACUUGGCGCCAAGUAGCUCCAAUGACAAGAUGCCGUGGUACCAUUGUUGGUUGUACACUGCUGAGAAUUUAAACCCUCUCUUUCUAGCUAGGUUCCCAUGUACUUUGUAUUGCAUUGCAUCCCUUCAACUAGAUGAAAGAGUAUUUGUGUUGACAACAUGUGGUAACAACUAACAAGGUGAGUUUUUUCUGUCUGUUUGAAGCAUAACAACAGCUUGGUCCAUCACAGUAAGCAGUCAACAAAUCGGACUUACUUCACUUUGCGAAUGAUAUGGAAGACCGCUUCAUAUAGCACAAAUCAACAACUUCAUUUAGUUAUUCUCUUUUACUCUUUUCUGAAGGUUGCUUAGAUGGAUUAUGUUCCACAUCAUCAUAAUCUCAUAAUUUUGUUAAUAUGUGGGAAUUAAAUUUAGCUAUGAGAUGGGUUUCAUUCUUUCUUCAGCCAA